CCCUAGCCCGUUCGUACCCUGGCGCGGCAAGAAACCCAGUGGCGCAGUGUGGAGUUAAUGAAACCCCCUUCAAAGGACCAGCCCAGCAUGGAAAUGAGUCGUGUUUCAUGAAUUUUCUCCCUCAUAACCUCAUAAACCCCGGUCCGCUGGCCUUUGGAGUUACUCGUGAAGGACUCUCGUGGCUUUUUUCUAGUGAAGUACAGGUUGUGUACCUUAGUUCUUUCUUCCCGCCCAGACUUUCCCUCGUGCCAGACACUUGCACCGUGGAGAUCUCGGGGUAAACAACCCCCCCCUCUCUCAUGUUAUCAUGUCGACUACGACCACAUCGACGUUCACGACUACCACACUUGUUGGAAUCCCGUCUGCGAUGAAGAAUGUUCCGACCCUCGAGGAGAAACAGUGUCCGACCUGUGGAGCGAACGCAGACUCUCAUGAUGCCGUGGAGUCGCAUCGUCGGAUCCAGGAGUUGGAGGGGCAGGUCCAGGCCUUGACGGAGCGCGCGGCCGUGACUGCCAACAAGAUCGCCGACUACGAAGACGAACUGCGCCGUUUGCGCUCCGCACAACUCUCCCACGAAAGGUCGCAGAGUAACUCCUCUCGACCCUCAUCUUCGUCUCAUACCGCAAACACCCUGUCACCAAGCCAAGCCACCGAUGCGACGUCGCAAGCUUCGCAACAAACCCAUAGCCGCCUAUCCACCUUGACAUCUUUCCUCCCCUACCUACCUCUGCCCCUGCCGCUCCCCCCGAUGACUCCAACGACCCUUAUAACCCCGCUCCAGCACCAGGCAUCCCCCGCUAGCAGCGACAACGCCUCCGAACUGCAGGAUGCGUUGACCCGUGAACAGAGCUUGCGCAAGGCCGCCGAGUCGCAGCUGUCACAGGCGAGCACGGAGCUAGAAGAGCUGACCGUGCAACUGUUCAGUCAAGCGAAUGAGAUGGUCGCGCAGGAGCGCAAGGCGCGCGCAAAGCUGGAGGAACGGGUCGCGGUGCUGGAGCGCCGGGAUGUCGAGAAGCGGAGUCGACUGGAGAGAUUAGAGAAGGCGAUGGCACGGGUCGAGAGGUUGAAGGCUCUCGUCAAUGUAUAG